ACCUAAAAUACGAUGGGAGAUAAGGAGGACUCUGGUGGAGGUGAUACUUCAGUCCAAGGAGACAGCUCAACCCAAGAUUCUGGCAUUGCAGCGCAAAGGGGAGCGCAUACAAGCCAGGGGUCACUGCUUAAGGAGGUGCUGAAGAGCUUCACCAUUGAGAAGUUCUCUGGAGAUGGCUAUGAUGAUUGGGCAUGGAAGAUGCAGCUCUACUUUCGACAAAUUGGCCUCUUGAAGCUCAUGAUUGGAACGGAGCCCAGGCCAAAGGAAAUGGCAGAGCAAGCGGACUGGGAUGAACGUUCAUCUGCUGGGUAUUAUCUACUGUCACAAAGCUUGGAGCUGAACCAGAGGCAUCACAUCAUGCAUCUGCUACCGGAAAUUGAUUGUGGGCCCAAGGCAUGGGCAGUGCUCAAGGACCUGCACGCUCCGACAUCGGUUGCCGCUUCUCUCAUGCUGGAUCGGGAGCUGUCCAUGCUGCCGUUGAGCGAGAAUGAACCUGUGCAGCCCGUACUGGACAAGAUGAGGGAACUCUACGCGAAAUUGGCGAUUGCAGGCAUCACGUACCCUGAGCAGACUAAGUGUCUCAAGAUGCUCAGCCUGCUGCCUGAGUCUUGGCUGCAAUUUAUAAGCGGACUCAGCUUGCCACAAAACCAAAGUCAAUGGACAUUGGAGUGGAUUCGCACCAAGAUUCUGGAAGAAGAUUUUUGUCGCUAUACACUGCGCGGAGGUGCUGACAGCACCAGCGGCUAUGCCAUGCAAGGGACAUGGAGGGAUCGAGGGCGUGGCAAUCGCGGUCGCUCCUACUACAACCAAGGUGGUCGCGGGACUUGGAACCAGCGGGGGCGUGGUGGCGCUGGUGCAAGAGGAAGAGGUGGUCACUCCAACAAUGACAACAGUGAACCACGCUUGAGGGGAGAGUGCUGGUAUUGCAAGGAAGAAGGGCAUCCAUGGUUUCGCUGCUCUACCAAGCCCGACUGGUGGACCCCUUGGAACCAAUCGCAAAAGGGGAAUGGAGGAAAGCAACCACAUGGAGGUGCCAACAUGGUAGCUGAUCCUGCUGAAGAAACCUCCAAGGAUGACAGAGGAAUGGGAAAUGAGGAAAGGAAUGCUGGACAGUUCUACCAUGUGUGUGACAAAGAUGACAGUGGCACAGCUGUUGCAAGGGCUGGAGAGGAACUGCACCCGCUUGAUAUGUGGGUCAUGGACUCUGGUGCUGCAUGGACAAUGACACCACGCAAGGAUUUGCUGGAUGCUGUGCGAGCGCCUCCAAUCUCUGAAGUGCGCUCAGCAUCCGGACAUGCAGUGAAGGUCGCUGGAGUUGGUCGAGCUGCAUUCAGAGCACCUGAUGGUGGACUGGUCGUGCUUAAGGACGUGUUACUCGUACCGGGGCUGAAGGCCAAUCUGAUAUCGCUGCGCAAGCUAGGCCAGGCCGGAGUCAGCACCACCACCAAUGGAUCCAAAACAUUCAAGGGGCUGCGAGGAGAUCGUGUGUUAUGGGAUUUACACGAAAGCAGAGAUGUCUUCAGAUCCAUGUGGCAGAUCCCUGCACUGAUAUGGGAAUCAACAAAGAAGGAGUUGGGAGCAGUAAAGGCGGGAUCUGGAGUCCAGGGGGAGUGCAAUGCAGUUAGUGCUGCAGGAGUGACGGUUUCUGCAAGGUCGGGGGAGACUGAUUGGGAAACCGCACACAGGCGUCUAGGGCAUGUGGCUAUGCCAUUGCUGCAGCAACUGCAUAAGGAAGAAGCAGUAAAGGGGCUGAAGCUUUCUGGGCAACCAAAUGAUACCAAGUGCGAGACGUGUCUGCUGAGCAAGUUCACACGGUUCCCCUUUCACGGCGUAGCUGGGAAAAGCAAGGCAGCACUGGAACUGGUGCACAUGGACCUGGUAGGACCUUUUCCAGUUCGAGGAAGUAAGGGGGAAAGGUACUUCCUGGCAAUAGUUGAUGACUGGAGUCGGCUGAUGUGGGCAUACCGGUUGAAGCAGAAGGAUCAUGCUGCCUCAACAAUACGAGAUGACUGGCUGCCGUUCGUCGAGCGACAAUCCGGGCACCCAUGCAAGAGCAUCAGAACCGACCGAGGUGGAGAGUUCCUAGGAGGAGAUCUGACUGCGUGGCUGAAGAAACAAGGCAUUGAGCAUCAGCUAACGACGUCCUAUACCCCUCAGUCAAAUGGCGUUGCUGAGAGGGCUAAUAGGACCAUCCUGGAAACUGCGCGAGCGCUGCUGAUCGAAUCAGGGCUGGGGAACUCCAUGUGGCCUCAUGCGGUGAGGCGUGCUACAGUGGCAAGGAACCGCGUACUCACAAAGGUGGCUGAUGAUAUGUGGGUGCCGCUGGAGAGGUGGCUUGGAAAGAAGCCUCCAGUGGACAUGCUCAGAGUGUUCGGAUGCAUGGCAGUGGCGCAUGUCCCUAAACCGUACAGGACAAAGCUUGGAGCAUCUGCACUGUGGUGUGUGCACCUUGGACUUGCGGCAGAGAGCAAGGGGUGGCUACUCUAGGAGCCCUCGAAGAAUGUGCUGUUUGACAGUCGGGAUGUCAAAUUUGUGGAGAACAUCAUGUAUGGCAAGUGGGAGAAGCAGCCGGAGGCAAGGGUCACCCAGCAGCUGGAAGAGAUCACUAUGCACUUCGAUUUGUCCGAACCUGAGGACAGCGAAGUCACUGCGCCAACGGCAAGCGGUACUGAUGAAGGCAGCAAUGAGGAUAUUGCAGCUGAUGCUGAAGUCAAGGAUCCGGAGCAGCAGCAGCAAGAGGCUUCCAAAACACCAAGUCUGCCAAAGCGAAGGAAACAGAUUGGUGGGGGGAGAAAGGAUUGGGUGAAGGUGAAAGAAUGGGUAAAUCCAACCAUCUACCCUGCACGUACCAGAAUGGCAACUAGAAAGCUGCUGAGCUCUACAAGUGGAGGAGCCACAACUGAGCAGCAGGAACAGGCUCAAGGCGAAGAUACAGUGCUGUUCUUGGGUGAUGACCAAG